GCUAAACUGAGUUGAUCCCACGUGUGACGAUUCCGUUCCCGGCUCAGUAAUAUUCUCCUAGUCGGGCUGUGCAUAGCUUUUGCAGUGUCUGUGUGUGUUUGUUACUGUAGUUUCUGCCUAUAGUUUGGUUAGCUAUGGAAGGAGACGGGAGUCAAGUCACAUCUGGAAGCCCAAAUGAUUCACAACAUGACCCAGGUAAAAUGUUUAUUGGUGGCCUCAGCUGGCAAACCUCACCAGACAGCCUUAGAGACUAUUUUAGCAAAUUCGGAGAAAUAAGAGAAUGUAUGGUGAUGAGAGACCCCACGACAAAACGUUCCAGAGGAUUUGGAUUCGUUACGUUUGCAGAUGCUGCCAGUGUAGACAAAGUCUUAGCUCAACCACACCACGAAUUAGACUCAAAGACGAUUGAUCCUAAGGUUGCCUUCCCCCGACGCGCUCAACCCAAGAUGGUCACAAGAACAAAGAAAAUAUUCGUGGGCGGAUUGUCAGCCAACACAGUGGUGGAAGAUGUGAAGCAGUAUUUUGAACAAUUUGGGAAGGUAGAAGACGCCAUGCUUAUGUUUGAUAAAACUACUAACAGACAUAGAGGAUUUGGCUUCAUAACUUUCGAGGGCGAAGACGUCGUAGAGAAAGUCUGUGAAAUUCAUUUUCAUGAAAUCAAUAAUAAAAUGGUAGAAUGUAAGAAGGCCCAGCCCAAGGAGGUGAUGUUCCCACCAGGCACGCGAGGAAGGGCCAGGGGCCUGCCCUACACCAUGGACGCCUUCAUGCUGGGGAUGGGCAUGCUGAGUGAGUAUGGACCAACACUACUCCAGCACAGUCCAGCACACUACUCAGUGCCACACGGUUACCCUAACAUUGUGGCAACGUACGGUCGUGGAUACACUGGAUUCACCCCCAGCUACAGCUAUCAGUUCCCUGGCUUCCCGGCGACGGCGUACGGACCAGUGGCGGCAGCGGCGGUGGCAGCAGCGCGUGGCUCAGGUAGGGGGGCCCGAGGAAAAGGCGGCUACAUGGCAUACCCGCAGAACACAGGACCAGGCUUUCACGAUUACGGGUUUUACUCUGCGCCCAGUGACCAGAGGGGGGCGCCCUGCUCCUUUGCGGACUAUGGCUCCCUGGGGCCCCAGGCGGCUCAGAUGCUGCACAGUGAGCAUGCCACCUCCGCCUGCAACUCCCCCCUCCAGCACCUGCACAGCCCGGAUCAGUUUAAGAGCCCAGGGGGAAACCCAGCUCGUCCUGGAGGCUUCCCAGGUGCCAACAGCCCAGGGCCUGUAGCCGACCUGUACGGCCCUGGAGGCCAGGACUCCAAUGUGGCUAACUACAUCAGUGCUGCUAGCCCCCAGGCUGGCUCCGGCUUCAGCCACAGUAUCGCACAGGACGGGUGUGGCAGUGGGCAGAUUGUGGACGUCCUCUCUCUCAGGAGCCACAGAGACUUUUGGUGGUCCUCGGAACAUUGUCCAGUCUGUGGAACAAUUGAGCACAAUGACCACAGUCACUCCAAUGGAAUGGAAUCAGGGCUCCAUGACAGGAUGACCACCAACCUGACCAGGGACAUUGACCCUCGGGGACGCCUCUCCAUGCCACAGUGUCAGCGUGAGCCACAGCCACACCCUGGGGUUCCGAGGGACCAGGAGUGGGCCAGAGAUGGCAGAGGAUCAGCCAGCCAGCAGGGAGGGCAGUGUGAAGACUGUGAGAUGUGUCUGUGGUGUAGGGGAGUCCAACACAGUCCUCAUAACACCAGUGUAGGACUGGAGACUCUCUCAGACAUUAAUGAGAGGCUUCAGCGUUCGCUACAGGGCAUCAUUGAUUGGCUAUCUGUGAAGGAUGAGGAGCUAUCUGACAGUUUGCCUUUAUAUGGCGAUAUAACAAGCUACAAGCAUCAGAGUGAGGUACAUCAGGUUUUCGUUGAGGAGUUAAAGUCUCGGGGACCCUUUAUUUACUCGGUGUUGGAGUCCGCUCAGGCCUUUCUGUCACAAUGGGCCACUGUGGAUCCAGAUGACAGCAAAGACGUGAGUACUCGGCAGCAGAGUGUCAGUCGCUGGGUGUUGAGGCAGGCCGCAGUGGCCGGAGACCUGUGGGAGAGUGUGAUGUCACGCAGUGUUCAGCGCCACAAACACAUGCAGUGUACUCUGGAGCGCCUCACAGAGCUACAGGGGGCUGUGGAGGAGCUGUGCCUGGACAUAGAGCAGGCUGAGGGGGUGCAGGAGGCCUGGGGGCCCAUAGGAGACCUCCUCAUUGACUCACUGCAGGACCACAUCGACGCCACCAAGUUGUUCCAGGAGGAGCUGACUCAGGGUCAGGAGGGCAUGAAGCAUGUCAACCAGCUAGUCCACCAGCUGACCAUCUCCAGUGUCCCCCUAUCAGAGGACAACACCCAGGGUCUGCAGCAACUCAACACCAGGUGGAAACUGCUGGAGGAGUCCACUGAGAAGAGGCUGAGGCAUCUGCAGGAUGCCCACAGAGACUUUGGGCCCAGGUCCCAGCAUUUCCUCUCUGGUUCAGUGCAGAUUCCAUGGGAACGUGCCAUAUCGCCCAGCAAAGUGCCGUACUACAUUAACCAUCAAACCCAGACCACUUGUUGGGAUCAUCCACAAAUGAAAGAGCUCUACCAGGCACUUGCUGAUCUGAACAAUAUCAGGUUCUCUGCCUACCGAACAGCCAUGAAGCUGCGACGUGUACAACAGGCCUUGAGAUUGGACAAGCUGAGCCUUGGCUGUGUGGCAGCGGUUUUCCAGGGCCUGGGGUCGGGGUACGAUGACCCCGUGGUGGAAGUUGUUGAGGUUAUGGAUGUGCUGGAGGUCAUCCAUGCUCUGACCAGCCUGUACGAGCAGCUGAAGGAGAAACAUGGCGUCUUGCUCAACAUCCCGCUCUGUGUGGACAUGUGUCUCAACUGGCUGCUCAACGUAUACGACAGUGGCCGUAAUGGGCAGGUGAGAAUCCUAUCCUUCAAGACAGGACUGGUGUGUCUAUGCAAUGCUGACAUUCAGGAGAAAUGCAAAUAUCUGUUCUGGCAGGUGUCUGGGCCUGGUGGAUGUGCUGACCAGCAGCACCUCAAUGCCCUGCUUCAGGAGAUAAUCCAGAUCCCAUGGCAGCUAGGAGAGGUGGCUGCCUUUGGAGGGAGCAAUGUGGAGCCAAGCGUGGCCAGCUGCUUUCGCAUGGCUCCUGGGAAGACCUCCAUCCAGCUGUCCAACUUCCUGGAGUGGAUGAGCCUGGAGCCCCAGUCCAUUGUGUGGCUGCCCGUGCUGCAGCGAGUUGUCCAGGCAGAGAACGCCCAACACCAGGCCAAGUGCUCCAUCUGCAAACAGUGUCCCAUCAAAGGCUUCAGAUACAGAAGCCUCAAGCAGUUCAAUGUGGACAUUUGUCAGAGCUGCUUCCUGUCCGGACGUACUACCAAGGCCAAAGCUUUAAUUUACCCCAUCAUGGAGUAUUACACCCCAACCACUUCAGGGGAGAGGAUGCGUGAUUUUGCCAAAACACUGAAGAACAAGUUCAGAUCAAAGCAGUACUUCAGCAAGCAUCCCCAGAGGGGCUACCUGCCUGUACAGUCUGUCUUGAGGUCAGCGAGUGAGGAGACGCCCAGCUCGUCCCCGAGGCUUCCCCACUCGGACACACACUCCAGGAUUGAGCACUAUGCCUGCAGGGAUGAGGAUCAGUAUCUUGACCGCCUGGAGCAGGACUCCCUGGCCUCCUGUCAUCAUUACCUGGGUUAUACAGGCUGUGAUACCCAGGAUGAGCUGCAGAGGACUCUGGCCAUGCUGGAGAACGAGAACAGGGUGCUCCAGGGGGAGUACCGACGUCUGAAGUGGCAGCACGCUGAGGCCCAGGCAUGUCCACACCUGAGGGAGGGCUCUGUGGACCAGGAGGACUACCAGGACCAGGCCUUGCUGGCUGAGGCCAAAGACCUGAGGCACCAUAAGGGCAGGCUGGAAACCCGCAUGCAGAUCCUGGAGGACCACAACAAGGAGCUAGAGUCCCAGCUUCACCGGCUCAGGGAGAUUCUACAACAGAACAGAGAGGGUUCAGAGGACAAUGUAUCGACUGGAACACCGUCAUCUGUGUACUCUCCUGUGUCACGAAGAGACCAGCUGGGGAGACAGCUAAGCUCAGAAGCCUCCAACACAGAACCCCCAGGGCCGGCCUUGGAGCCAGAGCAGGGUGUUACAGCCUAUCACCUUCAACAGGUCAUAGAGCAACUGAAGAACGUCUUCCCCUUAGAGACCAGAGAGAACGGUGUUGCAUCACCUUUUUGACUUGUUUGCCAUUCCAGAGACCAGACUGUGAACCUAACACCUAUCGUUAACGGAUAGCCUUCAAGAUACCUCUCACUAUGAUCAAGCACAUAUCACUACUGAGAUCCAUGUGUGUUUUAUCCAUCUUAAUACACUUUUUUUUUUUUUUUUUUUUCACCUUUAUUUAACCAGGUAGGCUAGUUGAGAACAAGUUCUCAUUUGCAACUGCGACCUGGCCAAGAUAAAGCAUAGCAGUGUGAACAGACAACAACACAGAGUUACACAUGGAGUAAACAAUAAACAAGUCAAUAACAUGGUAGAAAAAAGAGAAUCUAUAUACAAUGUGUGCAAAAGGCAUGAGGUAGGCAAUAAAUCGAAUAAUUACAAUUUAGCAGAUUAACACUGGAAUGAUAAAUCAUCAGAUGAUCAUGUGCAAGAAGAGAUACUGGUGUGCAAAAGAGCAGAAAAGUAAAUAAAUAAAAGCAGUAUGGGGGUGAGGUAGGUAAAUUGG